GAGCAGCAAUUGCUGCGCUCGGAGCGAGAGGCUCCGGCAGCCGCCUGCCGCCCCAUGCCUGCGCCGCGGAGCCGCCGCGCCGGGAGUCCGGCCGGGAUGCCGAACUCACGCAGCGGCAGGCGCCUGCCGCUCUGAGCCGGGGACGGGGAGGUCCGAGCAGAGGAUGCUCCCCAAUGGCACCUGCACCAGGCUUCCGGGCGGUGCAGGCAGCGACAGCAGCGGCGGUGACAGCGGUGGUGGCGGAGCCAGCAGCGCCUCGGAAGAGGCGGCGGAGGCGGGGGGCAUGGACUCGAGCGGCAGGAACUCCUCCGGUGCCCCAAACAGCACCCUGAGUGAAGCUCAGGGCAGCGCCAUCCUCAUCUCAUUCAUCUACUCCGUGGUAUGCCUAGUGGGGCUGUGCGGCAACUCCAUGGUCAUCUACGUGAUCCUGCGCUAUGCCAAGAUGAAGACAGCCACCAACAUCUACAUCCUCAACUUGGCCAUUGCAGACGAGCUGCUGAUGCUAAGCGUCCCCUUUCUGGUCACCUCCACUCUGCUGCACCACUGGCCCUUUGGCUCACUGCUCUGCCGCCUGGUGCUCAGUGUGGAUGCCAUCAACAUGUUCACCAGCAUCUACUGCCUGACUGUGCUCAGUGUGGACCGCUACAUUGCUGUGGUGCACCCCAUCAAGGCGGCUAGGUACCGCCGGCCCACCGUGGCUAAGAUGGUCAAUCUGGGUGUCUGGGUGCUUUCCAUCCUCAUCAUCCUGCCCAUCAUCAUCUUCUCCAACACAGCAGCCAACAGUGAUGGAACAGUGGCUUGCAACAUGCUCAUGCCAGAACCCACUCAGAGGUGGAUGGUGGUCUUUGUGGUCUAUACCUUUCUGAUGGGCUUCUUGCUGCCUGUGGUGGCCAUCUGCCUCUGCUACAUCCUCAUCAUUGCCAAGAUGCGCAUGGUGGCCCUGAAGGCUGGCUGGCAGCAACGCAAACGCUCAGAGCGCAAGAUCACCCUUAUGGUCAUGAUGGUGGUGAUGGUUUUUGUCAUCUGCUGGAUGCCCUUCUACAUUGUGCAGCUGGUCAAUGUCUUUGUAGAGCAGGAUGAUGCCACCAUCAGCCAGCUCUCUGUCAUCUUGGGCUAUGCCAACAGCUGUGCCAACCCCAUCCUCUAUGGCUUUCUCUCGGACAACUUCAAGCGGUCCUUUCAGCGGCUGCUCUGCCUCAGUUGGAUGGACAAUGCUGCAGAGGAACCCAUUGACUACUAUGCCACUGCCCUCAAAAGCAGGGCAUACAGUGUGGAGGACUUUGCCCCAGACAACUUGGAGUCAGGGAGCAUGUACAGGAAUGGCACUUGCACGUCCAGGAUUACCACUCUUUGAGGAAGCAUUCCUGCCUCCCCACUCCCUUACUGCACCACAGCAGGAGGGUGAGCAAGACCAGGGCUGUGGCAUGGGGAAGCUGGGAGGGAGGGGACUUUGGUCAUGCUCACCAACAGUGGUGUUUGGCACAACAAGGAGAGAAGAAAACCCCACAUCCUCAAUCUGCUGCCCCACCCUGUCCACCCCCUACUUCCCUUGAGAGCCGAUGUGUUCACUGAUGCUUUGAUACCCACUUGACAAAUUGUUGCACUUGUGGGUCAGUUUAGGGUCUGACAGCCAGGCUUUGCCAAUCCUUCUCUGUGUCUGACAAGUAGCUGUACAGGUCCCACAGCAACUCUCUCCUCACCUUUUGUAUAGGUUGCCCUCUUGCCUUGGCUAGUGGGACCCACUGGGCUGCAGAGUCAAGCCUGCCUCAGUCAAACCCCAGCACUGAGGCUUAGAGUUGCCCCAGCUGAAAGCACCCCUGCUUAUUAUUUGUCAGUACAUACCUUCCCUUCAGAGAGCAGAAGUGCGGGGGGAAAGUCCUCACCGGGACAUACCUUGCUCUCCUCCGGCAAGGCACAGGCAGCUUCUCUCUGCCCCACCCCCUCCCAGGAAUAAAAAAGAAAGAGGGGAGCAAAAAGGCCCAAAGAAAAGAAGCAGCGUGGUCAUGGAGCUGUCUUUUGCUUUGCAGACAGUUUGCACUGCGCUGGGCUCUGGCUCUCUGUGCUAUGCUCAGGGGAAGCAGAGGAGACAAGUUCUUUGGGAAAAAGAAAAUGAUCUGAUUAUUGCCGUGCUUCUGAGCUGCGCAGCAGGUUGCUGAUAAUGGGAGAUAAACAGUCCCGUGACUCAGUGAGCAGAGCACCGAGCCAGGAGUCAUGGGGAGCACUGAGCUGGGAAGCAUUUGAAUGUGUCCAUACAUACAAUAAAGUGUGCUAAUAGUAAAGUUUAAAGGGAGCACUAGACUGUGAAGCUGGUGCCUUGUGCAGGCUCCAUCAGCUGUGAAAGGGAGAUGAGACAGUUCUGAAUGACCGGCGUGGCCGCAAAGUCACUUUAGCCUACA